UUGUUAUACCCAAUGGUAGAAUUCUUCGAAGGGAGACAAGGUGAAAAGGCAUGGCCGCCAUAUGUACAAGCUACAACGUCAAACAGAUCGAGUAGGGUUUGACAAAUAAUCUCCAACUCUUUUCCGCCGUUGGUUUGAUACAAAUUCAGUGAAGACUCAAUAGUUCAGGGUCCCUGAAUGUAUAUAUAUAUAGCGUCCCGGCCCGGAAAUAUUGCAAGCAAAAAUGGACUCAAGAGUUACAGGCAGUCGGAGCAACACACAGGGUCCAUCUUACUCAAGUCCCGACCAUGUACGGCGUAGUCUACUCUCAGUAUCGAACACUUUGCAGAGUAUAAAGAACAGGUUCAAGAAGAAGACCUCAAUGAAUCGAAGCUUAGAUGUUUUGCCGCUGAAUGUUAAGCAUUCAACUGGUCCAAGUAAUUGUCAUGAGACACACCCAAGGAAGCGCGCAGUUCUAUGUGGGGUUACUUACCAGAACAACAAGUACAGGCUCAAGGGAACCAUUAACGAUGUCAAGAAAAUGAGGGAUUUGUUGAUUGACCACUUUGGUUAUUCUAAGGAGUGCAUUCGCGUCCUCACAGAAGAAGAAGAAGAUCCUGCAUUUAUCCCAACGAAGAAGAACAUACAAGAUUCCUUGAAAUGGCUUGUGGAGGGCUCAGAGCCCGGAGACAGAUUGGUGUUCUACUUUUCCGGACAUGGCUUACGACAACCAGAUUUCAACAACGAUGAGCGCGAUGGGUUUGAUGAAACUAUUUGUCCAGUUGAUUUCAUGCAAGAAGGCAUGAUCCUCGACAACGACAUAAAUUCCACCAUUGUCCGGCCGCUCAAGAAAAAUGUCACGCUUCAUGCAAUUGUCGAUGCUUGUCACAGUGGAACCAUUCUUGAUCUAGAGUGCAUAUACAACGCAAGAACGAAGAAUUGGGAAGAUAACAGCCCUCCUUCAAAAGCUAAAAAAUGUACAGACGGUGGAAUUGCAAUUGGCUUAAGCGCUUGUGGAGAUGAUCAAAUGGCUGCCGAUACCUCUGCUUUCACUGGAGAUGAAAUGGCUGGCGCAAUGACCUAUGCUUUGAUCCAAACGGUUCAGAGAAAUAGCAAAUUGACAUAUGGAAGUCUACUGGAGAUAAUCCACGAAACCCUCGAACAGGUUAACAAUGGAAAGUGCUUCGGGUCGAGGUUCUUACACAAAGUUUUUCAUCGCAGCAUAAUCCAGGAUCCUCUGCUAUCAUCAUCUGAAGAAUUCGAGGUUUACCAGAAGGAAUUUGUUCUGUGAAUCAUAUAUACUGGGAGGAUGCCAUCGUUUCAACGAGCGUCGAUUAACUUUUGAUGUAACUCGGCUUAACUCAAUGUACAGUUGGAAUACAUGUUGCCUUUCUUCAGUCAAUUUGGUACCCAGAAUAAGGAAGAGAGAAUCAAACAGGCCGUAACUUUUAAAUUUGGUUUACUAAUAAAAAGAAUUCCCCAGUUCAUAGUUUUCAGAGUAAAAUCUAGUGACCCUCGGCAUUUAGUAUAUAACAAUGGUGCAUUUUGUAUCGGUUUAUUGCAUGAUGCGAACCUCCUAGUA